UUCCCUGAGACUCAAAACGAGGCUGCGUCUCGAUCAGGGCGCGCGGACCGCAUUCCUCCUCAUUCAUGCCGUGCUGAGACUCUUCACACUCGGAAAGUGCAAGCGGAGCUUUACACACUGCUGCCGAGAAAAUGUACUCAAGUUUGAGAUUUUACGCAUGGCGAGGAUAAUAAACCAAGGCAUAAAGAGCACAAGGCUAGCGGCCAUGGCGCUGCGGAUGAUGGUGUAGACGACAGCUCCGUGCCGAGAGAGAGAGCAGAGAGGACACUGGGUCAAUAAGUCGCUCUCCUCACCGUAGACUGACAGACACUGUCCAGGUUUUUUCCGGGCCCAGGAUCACAAAGGUGAACGGAUCACCUGGCUUACCGCUUCCUCUCAGAAAGAUAUUCAAAAUGCUGCCGUAUGGGAGGAGGCCCCUUCCCGCCUCUCUUCACGAGGCAUUCCUCCUCCUUUUCUUCCUCUCGUUCCUCCCUCAACAUGGGGGGCUCGAGGUUAACCUCUCUUCCUUGCGGACCUUUACCUCACCAGAGGGAGGGCUUACGCAUUUGGUUGUCCAUAACAAAACGGGUGAAGUCUACGUCGGUGCUGUCAAUUGGAUCUACAAGCUCUCCAGCAACCUGACCAAGCUCCGAAACCAUGUUACCGGUCCUGUGGUGGAUAAUGAGAAAUGUUACCCACCACCUGGUGUUCAGUCUUGCCCUCACGAGCUAUCACAGACUAGCAAUGUCAACAAGCUGUUGCUUCUGGAUUCAGGACAGAACAGGCUCAUUGCAUGUGGAAGCACCUCACAGGGUAUAUGCCAGUUCCUCCGACUGGAUGACCUCUUCAAACUUGGUGAGCCGCAUCACCGCAAGGAGCACUACCUUUCAAGUGUGUCCGAGGCGGGCACUAUGUCAGGAGUGGUUAUUAGUGGAACCCAAGGUGAAGACAGCGGCAAAUUGUUCGUAGGUACACCCAUCGAAGGAAAAUCUGAGUACUUCCCAACUCUCUCCAGUCGUAAGCUGAUGGCUAAUGAGGAGAAUGCUGAAAUGUUCAGCUUUGUCUACCAGGAUGAGUUUGUCUCCUCACAGCUCAAGAUUCCAUCCGACACCCUUUCCAAGUUCCCAACUUUUGACAUCUACUACGUCUAUGGCUUUAGCAGCGAGCAGUUCAUCUACUACCUAACUCUCCAGCUGGACACCCAACUCACCUCGCCGGAUGCCAGUGGUGAACAGUUCUUCACCUCCAAGAUUGUCCGCCUCUGUGUGGAUGACCCCAAGUUCUACUCCUACGUGGAGUUUCCUAUUGGCUGUACCAAGGAUGGUGUGGAAUACCGAUUGGUUCAAGACGCCUACCUCAGUCGGCCCGGUGCCAAGCUGGCGCGAUCAUUGGGCAUCUCUGAACAGGAAGAGGUGCUGUUUACCGUUUUUGCUCAGGGCCAAAAGAACCGGGCCAAGCCACCGAAAGAAUCAGCCCUGUGCCUGUUCACACUGCGAAAAAUCAAGGAAAAGAUUAAGGAGAGGAUCCAAUCCUGCUACCGGGGGGAAGGAAAACUAUCCCUGCCCUGGCUCCUCAACAAGGAACUGAACUGCAUCAACUCACCUCUCCAGAUAGAUGACAACUUUUGUGGCCAGGACUUCAACCAGCCUCUAGGGGGCACCACUACGAUUGAAGGGAUUCCUUUAUUCCUGGACAAAGAUGACGGGAUGACGUCAGUGGCGGCGUAUGAUUAUCGCGGCCACACCGUAGCUUUUACCGGCACCCGUAGCGGCAGGAUGAAGAAGAUCUUGGUGAACUCCAUUACCCAGCCUGCACUGCUGUAUGAGAACGUGGUGGUGAGCGAAGAGAACCCAAUUUUGAGGGACAUGCUGUUCAGCCCUGACCAUCAAUACAUCUACACUCUCACAGAUAAAGAGGUGAGCCGGGUGCCGGUGGAGAGCUGUGAGCAGUACAGCAGCUGUAGCGAGUGUCUGGCUUCUGGUGAUCCCCACUGCGGCUGGUGUGUCCUGCACAGUGUAUGUUCACGUAAGGACCGCUGUGAGCGAGCUGAUGAGCCGCAGCGCUUCGCCUCCAGAUUGGAGCAGUGCGUCCGACUCAUGGUGCAGCCCAACAAUAUUUCAGUCACCAUGUCUGAAGUUCAGCUGGUUCUUCAGGCUCAGAACGUUCCCAGUCUGGCUGCGGGCGUUAACUGCUCAUUUGAGGACUACACUGAGACGGAGGGACACAUCAUGGGGGGACGUAUAUACUGCCUGUCCCCCUCCGCACGGGAGAUCGCUCCCAUCACACGCAACCAGGGUGACAAGCGGGUGGUGAAGCUCUAUCUGAAAUCCAAGGAGACGGGGAAGAAGUUUGCCAGCGUGGAUUUUGUCUUCUACAACUGCAGUGUCCAUCAGUCGUGUCUCUCCUGUGUGAACGGCUCCUUUCCAUGCCACUGGUGCAAAUAUCGACACAUGUGUACCCACAAUGCCAACGAUUGCUCCUUCCAAGAGGGCCGCGUCAACAUGUCUGAGGAGUGCCCUCAGAUCCUGCCGUCCACUCAGAUCUACAUCCCUGUUGGUGUCAUGAAGCCCAUCACCUUGUUGGCCCGGAAUCUUCCGCAGCCUCAGUCUGGGCAGAGGAACUAUGAGUGUAUCUUCUAUAUUCAGGGGAAGGAGUACAGUGUCACUGCAUUGCGCUUCAACAGCACUAGCAUACAGUGUCAGAAGACCAUGUAUGACUAUGAAGGAAAUGACAUCAGCGACCUGCCGGUGGAUCUCUCGGUUGUGUGGAAUGGAGAUUUCGUCAUUGACAAUCCUUACAAUAUCCAAGCGCACCUGUACAAGUGUUACGCCAUGCGGGACAGCUGUGGGAUGUGUUUGAAAGCGGAUCCUCGGUUCGACUGCGGCUGGUGUGUGCAGGAGAAGAAGUGUUCGCUGAGACAGGAGUGUGCUCCUCCAGAGAGCAUCUGGAUGCACCCCAGUGCAGGAAACAGUCGCUGCGCGCACCCCAAAAUCAACAAGCUGCUUCCUGAGACCGGACCACGGCAAGGCGGAACCAGACUCACCAUCACCGGAGAGAACCUGGGUCUGCAGUUUAGAGACAUUAUGACAGGCGUUCGGCUGGGAAAAGUACCCUGUGUUCCUAUUGAAGAGGAAUACGUUAGUGCGGAAAGGAUUGUGUGUCUGCUGAAUGAUGCCACAGGAUACCGCGUACAGGAAGCCCAGGUGGAGGUGUGCGUGAGAGACUGCCUGGCUGACUACAGAGCCCUCUCACCCAGGGCUUUCACCUUUGUGACGCCGUACUUCACACGUGUUCAGCCCGCUCAGGGACCUCUUUCAGGGGGAACCAGAAUCACUAUUGAAGGAAACCAUCUCAACGCUGGCAGCUCUGUUGCGGUCAACAUUGGGCGCCACCCUUGUCACUAUAAAAAGCGGAGCUCUAAAGAGAUCGUGUGCGUGACCCCAGCCGGCGUGAACGCGGGAAGCACUCCGGUUAUGGUGGACAUCGACUCUGCUGAGCUGAGGAACCCUGAGGUGAAGUUUAACUACACAGAGGACCCCACCAUCCUGAAGAUAGACCCUGACUGGAGCAUUGCUAGCGGUGGGACUUUGCUGACGAUCAGCGGCACCAACCUGGCCACCAUUAAAGAACCCAAGAUCCGUGCCAAGUACGGCUCUGCCGAGUCCUUCCAUAACUGCACAGUUUUCAACAACUCCGUUAUGGUCUGCCUGGCCCCGUCGGUGGCUGAUUCGGAUAGAGGCUUUGCUGAGACUGGCAGCGGACCGGAUGAGAUCGGCUUCUACAUGGAUAACGUCCACGCCCUUGUGGUCGUCAACGAGAGCUUCAGCUACUACCCGGACCCCGUCUUUGAACCCCUCAGUCCCACAGGCAUUCUGGAGCUCAAACCAACAUCGCCCCUUAUCCUGAAGGGUCGUAAUUUGAUUCCUGCAGCUCCUGGUAACUCCAGACUUAACUACACGGUGUUUAUCGGAGAGACGCCGUGCGUUCUGACGCUGUCUGAGUCCCAGUUGCUGUGCGAGUGGCCCAACCUCACCGGCCAGCACAAAGUGACGAUCCGGGCAGGAGGGUUCGAAUAUUCCCCCGGCACGCUGCAGAUCUACUCUGACAGCCUUCUCACCCUGCCUGCCAUCAUCGGGAUCGGUGGAGGUGGAGGCCUCCUGCUGCUGGUCAUCAUCGCGGUGCUCAUCGCCUACAAGCGCAAGUCUCGCGACGCAGACCGCACCCUCAAAAGACUCCAGCUGCAAAUGGACAACCUGGAGUCUAGAGUCGCUCUCGAGUGCAAAGAAGCUUUUGCCGAACUCCAAACUGACAUCCAUGAACUAACCCAAGAGCUGGAUGGAGCUGGUAUCCCGUUCCUGGACUACCGAACCUAUGCCAUGAGAGUCCUGUUCCCUGGCAUUGAGGACCACCCAGUGCUCAAGGAGAUGGAGGUACGGGUGCAGGCUAAUGUCGAGAAGGCCUUGACUCUGUUUGGUCAACUCCUCACCAAGAAGCACUUCCUGCUGACAUUUAUCCGCACGUUGGAAGCUCAACGCUCCUUCUCCAUGCGUGACCGUGGCAACGUGGCAUCACUCAUCAUGACAGCUCUACAGGGAGAGAUGGAGUACGCUACAGGAGUCCUCAAACAGCUGCUCUCUGACCUCAUCGACAAGAACCUGGAGAGCAAGAACCAUCCUAAACUGCUGCUCAGGAGGACCGAAUCUGUUGCUGAGAAGAUGCUUACAAACUGGUUCACUUUUCUUCUGUACAAGUUCUUAAAAGAGUGUGCAGGUGAGCCUCUCUUCAUGCUGUACUGUGCUAUGAAACAGCAGAUGGAAAAAGGCCCUAUAGACGCCAUCACCGGAGAGGCCCGAUACUCCCUCAGUGAGGACAAACUCAUCCGGCAACAGAUUGACUACAAGACGCUGACACUUCAUUGUGUGAACCCGGAGAAUGAGAACGGCCCAGAGGUGACGGUGAAAUGCCUGAACUGUGACACUAUCACCCAGGUGAAGGAGAAGCUUCUGGAUGCUGUGUAUAAAGGAAGCCCAUACUCCCAGAGACCCAAAGCAGGAGACAUGGACCUGGAGUGGCGGCAGGGGCGACUGGCGAGGAUCAUUCUGCAGGAUGAGGAUGUCACUACUAAGAUUGAUAAUGACUGGAAACGCCUGAACACACUAGCACACUAUCAGGUAACAGAUGGGUCUGUUAUCGCCCUGGUGCCAAAGCAAAACUCUGCGUACAACAUCUCAAACUCGUCCACCUUCACCAAGUCCCUCAGCAGAUACGAGAGCAUGUUGAGGACGGCCAGUAGCCCAGACAGUCUGCGGUCCAGGACGCCCAUGAUCACACCCGAUCUAGAGAGCGGUACCAAACUCUGGCACCUCGUCAAAAACCACGACCAUGCAGACCAGCGUGAGGGCGAUCGCGGGAGCAAGAUGGUGUCAGAGAUCUACCUUACACGACUGCUGGCCACCAAGGGUACUUUACAGAAAUUCGUUGAUGAUUUGUUUGAGACGAUAUUCAGCACGGCUCACCGUGGCAGUGCCCUCCCUCUCGCCAUUAAAUACAUGUUUGACUUCCUGGAUGAGCAGGCGGACAAACACCAAAUCACAGAUUCAGAUGUUCGUCACACUUGGAAGAGCAACUGUUUGCCAUUGAGGUUCUGGGUGAACGUGAUCAAGAACCCUCAGUUUGUGUUCGACAUCCACAAGAACAGCAUCACAGAUGCGUGUCUCUCCGUAGUGGCCCAAACCUUCAUGGACUCCUGCUCCACAUCUGAACACAAGCUCGGCAAAGAUUCCCCUUCCAACAAGCUGCUCUAUGCUAAAGAUAUUCCCAAUUACAAGAACUGGGUAGAAAGGUAUUACUCAGACAUCGCGCGCAUGCCCGCCAUCAGUGAUCAGGACAUGAGCGCUUAUCUCGCGGAGCAGUCCAGACUCCACCUGAGCCAGUUUAACAGCAUGAGCGCCCUCCACGAGAUCUACUCCUACAUCACAAAGUACAAAGACGAGAUCCUGUCCGCACUACAGAAGGACGAGUUAGCUCGGCGACAGAGACUGCGCAGUAAACUGGAACAGGUUAUCGACACCAUGGCUCUGACAAGCUGAGGACCUCCUCCCCGUCUCUCCACCCGCCUCAGCUGGCUCCCUCUGACCUCCUGACCCCGCCCCCGAGCCUCGCCCACAGUCAUACACACACAUGCACACACACACACACACACACUAAGCUAACGGACUGCAAGGACAGAAGCAGUACACUGGAGACCCCUCAGCCCAGGGUGGAAAUCCUCUUUCAUCACUUCCUUUGAACUCAACACGCAUCAGAAUGUCUCCCCAGACGCCACGUCCAACCAAUAGGACUUAGUUUUUUGGAUUUUUAUCAUUUUGGAGUGUGUGUUGAGCCAUGCUUGUGUGCUUUUACUCACCAAGGAUGUCUUGUAUUAUGAGCCAGAAGACCUUAAAGCCCAUGAAGGAUAAAAGCGGUGUUUUUUCCCCCCACAAACAGAAUUUUGUUUUAGCGCUUACUUUAACGUCUUUUUAUUUUUACUCUUUGGGUUGAUCAAACAACUCACUCACUCCAGUCUCCUGCCACUUGUGUUACUGCUGAAUUUGCACAAUUUACAGGAACUACAACAAAUGAAAAUGAUAUAAAUAUAUAUAUAAAUGUGUAUAGAUAUAUAAAUACAACUGCAUUUUUAUACAAAAAGAGUGAAAAGAUGCGUACAAAGUUUUCCAUUUUAACAUAGAAAAGAAUAAGAUGAAUUUGAUAUGUGAAACAAAGACUGAACUAUGAAAAAAAUAUUGAAAAAAAUGUCCUGUGCCAUGUUUUAUUUGAAUGUUGUUUAGUGCAAAAAAAACGAUUUUCUUUAGAUAAAAUGUGCUAUGAUUUAAAUGUUGACUACCCUAGUGACUGAAGAACUGAGAGUGAAAAAAAUGUGCAAAAAAGAACAAACUCAGACAAAUGUGUUCCCAUGUGGUACCUAGUGUUUUUUGGGGAAAUUGUCCUCACGAAAAACAAAAGGUUCAUUGUUUAGUUGGUGGAUGAAUCUGUGUAUUUAGUUUUUGUACACUUUUUUUCAACCUUUAUUGCUAUUAUGGUUUUAGUCUGAAAGCCACUUGAGGACAUAUUCUUUGCUAUUCCGUGUAAAGACUCGAUCGAUAAUUAAUAAUUGGCCGUUUUCAUUUUGUGUUCCUUUCUCAUAUUCCGACGUCAGCACUCUAAGCCUCAGUAAUUUUUGCACAAAUCAGUCUAGAAUGAAGGAAAAAGGAGAUUGAAGAACUGACGAAUGUGUUCCGUUACUGAUGAUGUCACAAUGUGGCAUUCUGAGAAGGUUCAGUGACAUCACAGUAAAUGUAGCAAAUGUUAAUUCCAUGCAGUUCCACUUCUCUUUUAGCAGCCUCCGUUUGUUAAAAGCUUAAAAAUCAAACUGUUGCGCACAGAACGUGUUUUUAAGCUGAAUAAUUGUAUGUGAAUGCUACCCAUUCACGGAAACUGAUAGUUAAGCUAAGUUUAUUUGAAUUCAUCUCAGAAAGGCGGUAACUAUUGUGUCACGUUCUUAAACGCCCAUCAUGUCAGCAGUAGAUACUUUUUUUGGAAGUAGAAUUUUUUUUAAAUAAAUUUGUAUUUAUUUUAUUUUUUGUUGUUCAACUUUGAGCUCAUAAGCUACAUGGUUUCCUUAUGCCAUUUUUAUUGGAUGUUUUUGCGCUUUUUCUUGAUUUUCAACAAUCCACUAACUCGUUUCCAUCAAGAUUGGUGAUUUGCAGUGUUACAAAUACAAAUGUGAAGCGAUUUUCAAACUGUUUCAGGGGUAUCAAGCGGAUGACAUCGCGCUCUGCUUUACUUUUCUUCGCCAUCUUGGUUGUUUUGGAGUUUCUCUUUAUCUUCUCUCUUGCGAGCGUCUGUAACUCUGCGAGGAUGUGUAUUGCAGUGACUCGCUUUCAUGUGCUGCAGCAGUUCUCUUAAAGUCAGUCGUGUUCAAACAAGAGAGCCUCUCCUCCUUUGGUUUUCCACUGAGAUUAAAGCAGAAGUAGACUUUCUGAGAUGCGAUAGAAACGUCUUUGAAAGAUUUAGGUCAGAAACCCAAUGAGAGAAAGAGCGAGGCGCACCAACCGAACGUUUGACAGGAUCUCGCUUGUGUUACCUCCGCCAUACAUCAGGGUUCGUUCCAGCUGGGAAAGUAAUAAUGAAUCACUCUUUACACAUUUAUUUAUUUUGGGAUUACGGUUUACGUUAUUGAUUUCAUGCCAUUGCGAUUUCUCCUAAUCAACCCGGAGCAGGCCUCCACAACUCUACAACGUAUCUUCCAUGGUAAAGACAAUCUCCUUGUAGACUCGAGAUGUUCACCUGUUAGGAACUGCCUUCGUUUUCAGUCUUCGCACAGGUGUUUACGAAUUCGAAAACGAAUUAGAUCGAUGUUGGAUUUGCUUGCUUGUUUGUGUUUAGCUCUCAUAAACUAUUAGCGAUCAUUUCUGGCAAUCUUAGAGCUACGUGGAAGGAAUCGUUAAUGAAGUAGAUAGAUAGAUUGAUUGAUAGACUUCCUAAAAUACAGGAGACACAACUGUCAGAUGUGUAUGUCUUAAUUUUAAGAGUAGAAGGAAAGGGCUAGAUGUUUAGCAUUACAGGUGACUUAGACCCCUCCGUCUGGCUUUCCUUACGUUAGUAUGUUCAGUUCAUUUUCAGUAGAUGAGAUUCUGCAUGCUUUGACAUUACAAAAUGAUUUGAGAAUACAAGCAUGCUGUUCUACUUUCAUUCCAAAGGCUGAAGAUGUUCAUUCUACAUAUCAUAAUGUAACGGUCUAGCCAUGUUUUUUUUUUUAUCGUUGUUUUCCGGAUGGAAAAAUCUCAAUGUGCUUUGCUUUGUGCUACGUUAGCGGGACUUUGGUGAUGGUGAUUGUAAAGCAGCUGGUUGCAUUGUAAUGUCUCAGGACAUGUGUUUCACUUUGAUGUCGUCUUUGCCUUUCUUUUCAUGCGAUUUAUUUUUUAUGACGAGUGCUAUCUUUGAUUUUCAAUCGUUUUUAGAUGUUGAGAUGUGGAACAUGUGGAACUCUUCAGAGAUAUUCUAACAUUUCAAAGACUUCGCUGUGUAAAGUAUUUGAGUGAUGCCUCUCAUUUUACGACACUUGUUUUGAGAACUACUUUGAGUACAGGAACAAACAAACAAAAAAAGAAGUUGUAGUAAAGGGGAAAACAAGCCGAACAUAAGGUGUUUCAGACUCACAGAGCUUUCGUUUCGCACAGAGUGCCUUGUCAACUCCUCUCUCAUUUUUCUCAACCUCCUCCGACCCUACCAUUUUCCACAAUCCAUCUCUAUCCAUUCGCCUCUUUAUCACAGUCUGGCCACGCCCUCUUUCUUAGACGCCUCCUCAGUCCAGAAGACCAAUCCGGGUUUUGAUUUACACUCAUGGUGUUUCCAGAUUGAAGAAAAAAUCCUUUUUUGGAAGGAUGAAUUAACUUAAGCGUAGGAACAAAAUGUGAGCAUGUAGAUUUCAAAGAAAACGAAAACUAAAGAAUUUUACUACUUUAUUAAUUCUGAUACCUUUUGAAGAGUUUCAGACUUGAAUCAACUGUGACAGGUUGGCUGUUAAAUGCUCAUUGUGUAAAUAUUGUGCUCUUUCCUAUUUUGCAAAUUUAUUAUGUGUAAAUAAACAUGCAUCAAGGAGAGAUUAAACAUUUUU